AUGAUGGGACAGCAGCGGCAGAAGGGCGAGGCUCUCAAGGAAUACAGUGUCGACCUUACCGAGCUAGCAAAGAACGGCAAGCUUGACCCUACCAUCGGUCGCGACGAAGAGAUUCGAAGAACAAUUCAAAUCCUCUCUCGCCGGACGAAGUCUAACCCAGUCCUCAUCGGCCCGCCUGGUGUAGGCAAAACCGCUAUUCUCGAAGGCCUCGCGCAGCGUAUAGUUGCCAAGGAAGUGCCAGAGUCUCUUCAAAACAAGCGCGUUCUGUCACUAGACCUUGCCGCUAUCAUGGCAGGCUCUGGCAUCCGCGGGCAGUUCGAGGAGAAGUUCAAGGCCCUCAUCAAGGAUAUUGAAGACGAAGCGGGAAACGUGAUUUGCUUCAUUGAUGAACUUCACACGCUCUUCAACCUUGGCAAAGCGGAAGGCAGCAUCGACGCUGGACAGAUGAUCAAGCCUGCGCUUGCCCGCGGCCUUCAGCUCGUCGGCGCGACCACGCCGGACGAGUUCCGGAAGACCAUUGGUAAAGACGCCGCGCUCGAGCGUCGAUUCCAGCCCGUGCAGAUCGACGAGCCUACUGUCGAGGCGACGAUUUCUAUCCUUCGUGGUCUCAAGCCCCGCUACGAGGUACACCACGGUGUCGGUAUCUCUGACGGCGCCCUCGUCACAGCCGCGGUAUACAGCUCGCGCUACAUCUCAGACCGCUUCCUCCCCGACAAAGCGAUCGACCUC